AUGCCGAAAGCUUGGCUAGUUGCAGUUCUAUUAACCGUCCCAUGGGUCGUCGCCGCUGCAGGAGCCUCCUUCGAGACUGAGGUGCCAGAGAAAUGUGUUAGCCGGCGACUCAUCAACCGGUAUCAGUUAAACGAGGAGAUAUAUGGACAGGGAGAGUGCGGAAACAGCCAUCGGACGAAAUUUCGAAGUAGACGCCGUGUCGAUCCUACCUUCCACGGGAAUCCCAAGCCGCGGGCAGAGCUUUUGGCUGGCAAAUUUCACGUAAAUUCUUACAACUUCGAUCAGACGAACUCUCUGGUGGGUUUGGUUAACAAAAUAGCCGAGGAGUACCUCAAGAAAUGCCCACCAGUCAUAUAUUACGAUAGUUCUGUGGAAAAAUCAGAUGGCCUGAUUCUGGAAAACUUGUUCAAGACUCUCCCCAUUACCUUCUACCAUGGCGAGAUUAAUGCUCGCUAUGAGGCGAAAAACCCCCAUUUUACAAGCCCCAUCGAUAGCAAUUGCAAGAGUUAUAUCUUGUUCCUUUCGGACCCACUGAUGACGCGAAAAAUUCUGGGUGCCCAAACAGAAAGUCGGGUCGUUCUUGUCUCCAGGUCAACGCAGUGGAAACUGCGUGACUUUUUGUCCUCGGAACUGUCCUCGAACAUUGUCAAUUUGCUGGUCAUAGGAGAAUCCCUUAUGGCCGACCCAUUGCGAGAGCGUCCUUACGUGCUGUACACCCACAAGCUGUACGCAGAUGGCCUCGGUUCCAAUACUCCCGUGGUGCUCACCAGCUGGAUAAAGGGAGCUUUGUCCCGGCCACACAUUAAUCUCUUUCCGCCAAAGUUCCAAAUGGGCUUUGCCGGCCACCGCUUCCAAGUGUCGGCCGCCAAUCAGCCGCCCUUCAUCUUCGGCAUCCGUACUUUGGACUCCUCGGGCAUGGGUCAAUUGCGCUGGGACGGCGUGGAGUAUCGGCUGCUGAGCAUGAUCGCCAAGCGCCUGAACUUCUCGGUGGACAUCACCGAGACGCCCACGCAGGCCUUUACACGGGGGGUCGUUGACAACAUCCAGCAGCAGAUUGUGCAGCGGUCAGUGGACAUAGGGAUGUCCGGAAUUUAUAUAACAGAGGAGAGGCUGCGGGACUCGGACAUGUCCGUGGGCCACUCCCGUGACUGCGCCGCCUUCAUAACGCUGGCGUCGAAAGCGCUGCCCAAGUACAGGGCCAUCAUGGGUCCGUUCCAGUGGCCCGUCUGGGUGGCUCUCAUUUGCGUGUACCUUGGCGGCAUCUUUCCGAUCGUCUUCACCGACCGCCUGACCCUCAGCCACCUGCUGGGCAACUGGGGCGAGGUGGAGAACAUGUUCUGGUAUGUGUUUGGCAUGUUCACCAACGCCUUCACCUUCAGCGGCAAAUACUCGUGGAGCAACACGCAGAAGAACUCCACGCGUCUCUUGAUCGGCGCCUACUGGCUCUUCACGAUCAUUAUAACGUCCUGUUACACCGGAUCCAUCAUAGCCUUUGUAACCUUGCCGGCGUUUCCGGAUACCGUUGACUCUGUGCUUGACCUACUGGGCCUGUUCUUUCGCGUGGGCACCUUGGAUAAUGGGGGCUGGGAGACGUGGUUCCAGAACUCCACACACAUUCCAACCUCCAGGCUGUACAAGAAGAUGGAGUUUGUCGGGACCCUCGAGGAAGGCAUUGGCAACGUCACGCAGAGCUUCUUCUGGAACUACGCCUUCCUUGGCUCCAAGGCUCAACUGGAGUACCUGGUGCAGUCGAACUUCUCGGAUGAGAACAUAUCACGGCGAUCGGCACUGCAUCUGAGCGAGGAGUGCUUUGCUCUCUUCCAAAUAGGCCUGCUUUUUCCACGGGAGGCCGUCUACAAGCGCAAGAUUGACUCGAUGAUCCUUCUGGCGCAGCAGAGCGGGCUCAUAACCAAAAUAAACAACGAGGUUAGCUGGGCAAUGCAGCGCUCGGCAUCUGGCCGCCUGCUCCAAGCCAGUUCGUCGUCAGCGCUACGGGAGAUCAUACAGGAGGAGCGCCAGCUGACCACGGCAGACACGGAGGGCAUGUUCCUGCUCAUGGCGCUCGGCUACUUCCUGGGGGCCACGGCUCUCGUGUCCGAGAUUGUGGGCGGGAUAACGAACAAGUGCAGGCAGAUACUCAAGCGCUCCCGCAAGUCGGCCUCCAGCUCCUGGUCCUCCCGCCACAGUUCGGCAGACUUGGGCGGAGAGCCGCGCACCCAGGCCGAGCAGCAGGCGCACGACGAACGGAAGGCGGCGCGACGGGACGCCGCUGAGGAUGGCCAGAAGAUGAGUUUUGGCAUGCGCGAGUUCAACCUCACCAGGACAACGCUGCGCGAGCUUUACGGCAGCUACAACAGACCCGAUCCGUCAUCUACUCCUGCGGCGGUCCCCGAGCAUGCCCAGCCACAUGCCAAUGUCGCCAGUUACAGCUACUUCGAGGACGAGGAGUCGACCCGGGAGGCCCUAGAGUCCCUGGGCCGUUUAGACGAUAUUAUUUCUCAGAUGGAGGCGGAAAGCCCCGAAAAUGAGUCUUUUGCGCACGACUUUUCGCCAGACGAAGUGUUUGGACCACACACUGAACCGGGGGACAGUUCUGAAACACAAUAGUUAGGUUGCACGAAAAUUC